AACUCGACCGCCAUAUUGGUAAACUGGUAGCAUCUAUCAAAGUCUUGUCUGCUUUGCCGUGAGCUCUUUCUUUACAAAUUUUGUGCUUGCGAAGAGACGUAUCCGUCUUCUUUCUAAGUGAAUAAAUAGACUAAAUCAAAAUGUCAUCGGCCGCUGUUAUUCGUACCCGUAAAUUCAUGACAAACCGUUUGUUGGCCCGCAAACAAAUGGUCUGCGAUGUGUUGCAUCCAGGUUUGUCAUCGGUCAGCAAAAAAGACAUCCGUGAGAAAUUGGCUACCAUGUACAAAGUCACACCAGAUGUUGUGUUUGUCUUCGGUUUCCGCACAAACUUCGGAGGUGGCAAAUCGACCGGAUUCGCAUUGAUCUACGAUACAUUGGACUUUGCCAAGAAAUUCGAACCAAAAUACCGUUUGGCUCGUCAUGGCUUGUACGAAAAACAAAAGCAAACACGUAAACAGCGCAAGGAACGCAAGAACAGAAUGAAGAAGGUGCGUGGUACCAAGAAAGCAAAGGUUGGCCAAGCCGGAAAGAAAUAAGAUGCAUUACCAUCAAUAAGAACACCCCCUUAAACAUCUUUAUUAUUGAUUAUACUUUCUGGUAAUCGCAUCAAGAGAAAAAAAUGUGAGGGAAGAAGAUCUUCUCUCUUUUUUGUCAACAAAACAGUUUUUUUUUCUCAAUAAAUAUAUGUGUUAUCGAAA